AUGAGUCCUUAUGCUCAAACUACCCUUCAGCAGGACGUCCCACUUACUACAACCACGAAUGGACAGGACGAUUUCGUUGACAGGGCCAAGGACGGGCUCGCCAACCCAUUGGCUCAUUUCGCGGCUCAGGCUCCCCAGGUGUACAACGGGGCGAACGGCGGCUUCGGUGGUGCUCAACAGCAGCCAAACUACGUGUUUGGUGGUGAUGGGGGUAACGUGCAGCAACAGGCCUAUUACAACAAUACAAUGGGCAACUAUUCGGGAAGUCGAUACAACUAUGGUGGAUAUAACGGAGGUGGCUAUCCUGCAUACGGGGGAUAUGAUGCAUUUGGCUAUGGAUAUUAUGAAGACCAGCUGGGCGCCAAUCUGAAGGCAGUACAAUGGGAAAACUACACCUUGACCGAAUUCCAGAAGCACUUCUAUGUUGAACAUCCGCGAGUUGCUGCCAUGACGCCGGAAGAAGUUGAACUUGUGAGAAGAAAAUUGGAUAUCGAAAUCAUCCACGGUGUUGAUGUUCCCAAUCCCAUCACGCAUUUCGAAGAGGCCUGUCUGCCGGACUAUAUCAUGGUGGAGAUUCAGAAGGCUGGUUUCGUCAACCCUACGCCCAUUCAAGUCCAGGGUUGGCCAGUUGCUCUUUGCGGUCGGGAUAUGGUUGGUAUCGCUGAGACUGGCAGCGGUAAAACAUUGGCCUUUUUACUGCCGGCUGUCGUUCAUAUAAACGCACAACCGUACUUGCAGAAAGGCGACGGGCCUAUCGUCCUGGUCUUGGCUCCUACGAGAGAGCUCGCCUUGCAGAUCAAGGAGGAAUGCGAUCGCUUUGGUAGCAGCUCCCGCAUUUCCAAUACAUGCUGUUAUGGUGGGGUGCCCAGAGGCCCUCAGGCCAGAAUGCUCCAGAACGGUGUCGAGAUAUGCAUUGCAACUCCGGGCCGUCUUAUUGACUUCCUGGAGUCUGAGGUUACUAACUUGAGAAGGGUGACCUAUCUCGUCCUUGAUGAGGCAGACCGAAUGCUGGAUAUGGGGUUUGAACCUCAGGUCCGUAAGAUCGUCUCCCAAAUAAGACCAGACAGGCAGACUCUCAUGUGGUCGGCGACUUGGCCCAAGGAUGUCCAGCAACUGGCCAGAGAUUUGUGCAAUGAAGAACCUGUCCACGUCACCGUUGGUCGGUCAGGUCAUGCCUGUCACAAUAUCCAACAGUUCGUUGAGGUGGUUGAGGAGAACGGCAAGGCAGAACGCUUACAGGCUUUAAUGCGAGCGGUUGCCUCUGCCAGUGGCGGAGUAUGGGAGUCCAAGGCUCUGAUUUUCACUGACACCAAACGGUGCGCUGACGACAUCACCAGAGUGCUUCGCCGGGACGGCUGGCCUGCUCUCGCGAUCCACGGCGACAAGAAGCAAACUGAACGUGAUUGGGUGCUUGCGGAGUUUAAAACCGGCAGAAUGCCAAUCAUGAUCGCGACCGACGUGGCUAGCCGUGGGCUCGAUGUGAAAGACGUGAAAUAUGUUAUCAACUACGAUUUCCCCGGCACUAUCGAGGACUAUGUCCAUCGAAUUGGGCGUACUGGGCGAGCAGGUGCGCAUGGUACUGCCUACAGUUUUUUUACGGCCGAUAAGGCUAAGCUCGCCAAGCCUCUGAUUGGUAUCUUGAGAGAGGCAGCUCAGCCUGUGCCUGAGGCCCUCGAACGUCUAGCUUUCGCGAGCAAUGGCAUGAACGACAAUGGAGGAAAAGGAAAGGGUCGCUUUGGGAAAGGAAAAGGCCCUGGAGGUUAUGGAAAAGGGAAAGGGAAGGGCUCUAUGCCUGUUGGAGGCACGAAGGGCAAGGGCAAAGGUGUCCCUCUGGGCAAGGGUUUCCACAGUGCUGGUGGGUUCAGAGGCGGAAUGUAA